AUGGGGUUUAGAAAAAAUUUUCCGUUAGGAAAGAGUGGUAAUUAUUGUACUCGUUGCGAACGUGAGUUCCAGCGAAAAGAAACUCCGAUUUCGUUCGGAGGUAGACUUUGGCAUAACGGUUGUUUUACAUGUGCGAAAUGCUUGAAUAAUCUAGAACAGAGCAAUCAAUUGCUAAUUCAGACGUCCGACGGAAAGCCGGUUUGUAGUGAUUGCUCACACACCUGUACAGUUUGUCAAAAAGCGAUCCAGGACUAUGCUCUUAUGAAUGGGUUUGAUUCAUAUCAUCGGGACUGCUUUAGAUGCUCGAAUUGCAGAAAAGUUUUUAAUAACUCGGAAUUUGUGAAAGACGGUCGAACUGUAUAUUGUAGCGAUUGCAGCAGUCAAAACUCUUCUUUCAUGUCUCCUCCAAUGGAAAAUGCACCUUUACGUACUUUACGUACCACAAAAUCACCAAGUCAUGAGAAAGCAUCUUCGCAGGAUUCGAGCCACUCCUCGAACCCUGAAAUAGCAUCUCCCAAGUCAAAGUUUUAUGCUUCUGAAAACAGAUCUAAUGAGCGUGUAUUGCAUGCCAAUGGUGAAACUACACUACAAAUUAACCAAACCAUUCCUACGGAAUCAGCUUUUCAGUCUGUCGACUCUUUAUUUUCGCCCGAAAAGAAUAAAAGUUCAACCUCUUUCAAUAGCUUUGGAUCGCCUAAAAAAGACAAUGUUCAUUUGAAUGCUCCUUCUCCAUCCAGUUCCCCUCUCCAUAGAACGUCGGCAUACACGAAUGACCGGACUCUUACUCCCAAUAUCCCUUUAGACAGGAAAGCUCCCUCUCCUUUCAAAACCAUUUCCUCAUCUAACAAAAAGACUUCUACUGAUGACUUUUUAAAUGACUUUGGCUUUGCCCCACAUCAAAAGCAACAUUUCUUUACUGCACAUCUUAACAGAUCUCAGUCUAAUCAGAACAUUCAUUCUUUAUCUGAAAUAAACAGCAAUCCGCAUCAACCGUCGUUUUUAUCUCCCCAUAAUCAAUAUAGUGUUUCUCGAGCCGUGAGUCCAAAGUCGCAAGUUCACCGCAAGUCAUCCUCCCAACCGUCAAAUAUUUAUGGACUUCCCCAUUUCGUUUCCUCCCCCGAGACAAUCUCCUCAGGUAAUGGUGAACGUGGUAAUUCUCAUGGGUCUCUUCAUGUACAUUCUGGCUCAUCACUGCCCACUCUCGUUUCCCCUUCUAAUCCUCCAUUUGAGACGAAAGUGUCCGAGAGUAAUAGUAACACUCCUUCUUCUGAUUCUUCUAGUUUUUUUGAAAGCUACAAGAUAGAUAUGGAAGCGCUGAAACUACAAAUAAACAAACUCACACACUUAACGGAAUCUAUAUCGUCAAGAUCUAUUGCUUCUGGAUCGGAAAGUUCAUUGAAUUUGACUGAAAAGAAGGACGCGUUACGUACACAGAAGCUGGAAGUUUGUGAAAAGUUCUUUUCUUUUGCUGACGUUGCCGAUGAUCCUAUUUUGAAAGAUCCUCUCCAUCAGAGCUUAGUAGCUGCGGCUAAUGCUUAUAUGAAAAUGCUACGCGAUAAUUUCUCACAAGAACUUUCUAAUUUGCUGGAACGACGAAAUGAGCUCCUUCAGGAUUAUUCUAAUGCACAAAAAUUACUUAGCGAGUCAUUAGAAGCCUCAGUUCACUUGAAUGCUAAAAAUCUGGAACUAGCUGAUUUAAAUAAUAGCCUGGCUAAACAAAUACAGCAAAAACGAGAGUUACCACAAGGAGCACCGCAAGCUUCGUCCGGGCCGAACAACUUGUUCUUAGACACAAAAUCGUUAAAGCCGCAUUCCUCUGAUUCCGGAAUCAGUAAUCCGGAUUCCUACCAGCCGUCGACGUCUCCUUUACAAGCCAGUUUUAACAAGCUUGAAUUACGUGGGCUGAAGUUGCUGAACUCUGGGAAAGCCAGCAAUCGAAAAAGUCAUUUCAAGUCAUUUCAUGCGAAAUCCAAAUCUGCUGAUCCCGUAAUCGUAAACGAAACGCCAGUAUGUCAACAUGUCUUCCAGGUUAAUGCUAUAUUCAAGCCGUCUCGUUGUUUUAUUUGUUCGGAGACGAUAUGGGGAUCAGAAGUGCGCUGUAUGAAAUGUUCUGUUGCUUGUCAUUCACGUUGUGUAAAGAAGUUAUAUUCGGGAAACGAAGAGUUAAAGUUUUUUUCGGACGAAGAGACCGAUAAUAAUAACAAUAAUAGUAAUGCUAACGUCCCGGAGAUGCCGAGCAGACUACCUCCUCCGGAACCUUCUCCUUUGAUGUUUGGUAGACCUUUAGAGGUUCAAGCAAAGAUUGAUAAGCAAUCUGUUCCUAAAGUUGUUCAGAUAUGUGCAGAGUGUGUCGAUGCUCAUGGGCUACAUAUCGAGGGUAUAUACCGUAUUUCCGGAAGCGCUUCCCAAGUUCGUGCAUUUAUUGAUAUGUUUGAACAGAACAGCAUACAAGUGGAACGUUUAGCUUCUGACAUAACUGCUUGUACUUCCGUGCUAAAAACGUAUUUACACAAACUUCCAAUUCCAAUAAUCCCAGAUGAACAAUACCGGAAGCUAUUGAAAGCUGAGGAGCUUGAUGACGGUUUUGCGAAGGAAGAAAUGUUUCGAAUGGUUCUACAAGAACUUCCUGUCGAACAUAUCAGCAUUUUCAACUAUUUACUUCAACAUCUUUUGCGUGUCGCUGACAAUGCUGAUAAGAAUCUAAUGACUAGGAAAAACCUUGCUACCGUAUUCGCUCCAACUCUCAUGAGAGAGACAGACAUGCAUCUUAAUUUGAAAAAUGUUAAUAAACGAAGUGCUAUACUACAGUACAUACUGGAAAGUUAUGAAACGCUUUUUACUGACACUUAUGUUGCGUGA